ACAUCUCUCAUCAUAGUAUAAACUAUCGUCGAGUGUGAGAGAGAGCUUCAUUCACCACAUAAAAAAGAGCAUCUCCUUAGAUUCGCUUUUCCUUCUCUCCUCCAGAGCAAACCCUAGCUUCCAAUCUCAAAAAUGUUCAGAUCUGCGCUCGUCCGUUCCUCCUCAUCGGCGAAGCAAUCGCUUCUCAGCCGCACCACCUUCUCCUCCUCCUCCGUCCCCGAGCGUAAAGUCGCCAUCCUCGGCGCCGCCGGUGGAAUCGGCCAGCCUCUCGCUCUCCUCAUGAAACUCAACCCCCUCGUCUCCAGCCUCUCCCUCUUCGAUAUCGCCAACACCCCUGGAGUCGCCGCCGAUGUCGGCCACAUCAACACCAGAUCUGAGGUAGUUGGAUACAUGGGAGAUGAUGAGUUGGCGAAAGCUCUAGAAGGAGCGGACCUAGUUAUCAUCCCAGCUGGUGUCCCCAGGAAGCCUGGUAUGACUCGUGAUGAUCUUUUCAACAUCAAUGCUGGUAUUGUCAAGAACCUUGCCUCUGCCAUCGCCAAGUACUGCCCUCAUGCGCUUGUUAAUAUGAUCAGCAACCCAGUGAACUCUACUGUUCCAAUUGCGGCUGAGGUAUUCAAGAAGGCUGGUAUGUACGAUGAGAAGAAGUUGUUUGGUGUCACCACUCUUGACGUUGUUAGGGCCAAGACUUUCUACGCUGGAAAGGCUAAUGUCCCUGUUGCAGAAGUGAAUGUUCCUGUGAUUGGUGGUCAUGCUGGGGUUACUAUUCUCCCACUCUUUUCUCAGGCUACUCCUCAAGCUAACUUGUCGGGUGAUGUACUCACCGCUCUCACCAAGCGUACCCAAGAUGGAGGUACUGAAGUCGUUGAGGCAAAAGCAGGAAAAGGUUCAGCUACAUUGUCAAUGGCAUAUGCUGGAGCACUGUUCGCUGAUGCAUGCUUGAAAGGACUUAACGGAGUUCCAGAUGUUGUGGAAUGCUCAUACGUGCAGUCCACAAUCACCGAGCUUCCUUUCUUCGCCUCAAAGGUGAGGUUGGGGAAGAACGGCGUGGAGGAGGUUCUUGAUUUGGGGCCACUCUCAGAUUUCGAGAAAGAAGGGUUGGAAGCACUGAAGCCAGAGCUCAAGUCUUCCAUCGAGAAGGGUAUUAAGUUCGCCAACCAAUGAGUUCAACCGAUUUUUAACUCGGUUAUUUUCCCAAUUUUCCGGUUAUAUUAUCGCCCUUUCAUCAAUAAAAUCCAUGUGUUUUAAGGCUUUUUGGGUUCAUUCCCAAAGCACAGAGAUAAGACUGUACCUUGUCAAACAUGUAGGUUUCUUCCUUUCGGAACAAUGAUACUUCUGUCAUAAUCAGAUCACAAGUGUGCUUGAUUCGUCUUC